AUGUCCCCGACACUUGCACAAAAAUACUUGAGCACCCGGGGUGCGGAGUACGGCUUGUCUUUCGAGGACGUCGUUCUCAAGGGCCUGUCUGAGGAUGGUGGCCUUUUCAUUCCCGAGGAGAUUCCUGCCCUUCCCGCCUCAUGGGAAACCGAGUGGCGCGACUUGACAUUCGAGGAGCUGGCGUUCGAGAUUAUGUCGCUUUACGUCUCUCGCGAUGAGAUUCCUGCCGAUGACCUUAAAGAUAUCAUUCAAAAGUCUUAUUCUACUUUCCGUCACGCUGAGCGUACUCCUUUGGUUGAGUUGGAGAAGGACCUACACCUGCUUGAACUCUUCCAUGGUCCUACCUUUGCCUUCAAGGAUGUCGCCCUUCAGCUCCUUGGAAACACCUUUGAAUACUUCCUGACCCGCAUGAACGCCGGCAAGACUGGCAAGGACAGGCACCAUCUGACCGUUGUCGGUGCUACCUCCGGUGACACUGGCUCCGCCGCUAUCUACGGUCUCCGCGGCAAGAAGGAUAUCUCCGUGACGAUCUUGUAUCCCAACGGCAAGGUCUCCAAGAUUCAAGAGGCCCAGAUGACCUCCGUCCUCGACCCCAACGUGCACAACCUCCGCGUGGAAGGCUCCUUCGACGACUGCCAGGAUAUCGUCAAGGCUCUCUUCGCCGACAAGGAUUUCAACACCACCCACAACAUCGCCGCCGUCAACAGCAUCAACUGGUGCCGAAUCCUCGCCCAGAUGACCUACUACUUCCACUCCUACUUCUCCCUGAUCAAGUCACCCGCUUACAACAAGGACUCCAAGGUCCGCGUAGUCGUCCCCUCCGGCAACUUCGGUGACAUCCUGGCCGGCUGGUUCGCCAAGCAGAUGGGUCUCCCCGCCGACAAGCUCGUCAUCGCCACCAACGAGAACGACAUUCUCGACCGCUUCUUCCGCAGCGGCGGCCACUACACAAAGAAGGCCCUCGACUCCCCAACAGACCAUGGCGUCAAGGAAACUCACAGCCCCGCCAUGGACAUCCUGGUCAGCAGCAACUUCGAGCGUCUCCUCUGGUUCCUCUCUUACCAGUCCGCCCCCGGCAGCUCAGCCGAAGAGCGCCGCAAGCACGCCUGUGACAGCGUCCGUGGCUGGCUCAACGACCUCAAGUCCAAGGGCGGCUUCCAGGUCCCCAGCGCCGUCCUCGAAGGCGCCAAGGUCGACUUCGAGAGCGAGCGCGUCAGCAACGACGAGACUAUCGCUACCAUCCGUGAUAUCUACUCCACCUCCUUCCCCAAGGGUCUCACUGCCGGCAGCGCUAAGAGCUCCGUGACCGGUGGUUACAUCUUGGAUCCCCACUCCGCCGUCGGUGUUGCUGCUUCUCGCCGCUCUGUCGCCCGUCACCCCGGUGCGGCUCACAUCUCUCUGUCGACUGCCCACCCGGCCAAGUUCGCUAGCGCUGUUGACCUUGCCUUGCGCUCUGAGAAUGGUUAUGACUUCACUGAGAUCUUGCCUCAGGAGUUCAUUGGCAUUGAGCAGCGCCCGAGCCGUGUCACCGAUGUUGGCCGUGAGGCUGGUUGGCAGGGUGUGAAAGAGAUUGUCAAGGCUGAGGUUGAGCAGGAGCUUCAGGGACUCCGUUAA